AUGGGAGAGGUAGCAGCAAACCAGAAUUCCAGCAACCUCACAGCUCAAAAGUCACAACUCACAAAAUCCUGGAAGAUCAAAGGCCCAGCCGAGAAGAACUGCAGUGUCAUAAAUGAUGGCAAAUUCAUCAACAAUGAAUUCAAUGAUGUAUAUUUGGUGACAACAUUAGUUCCAAUUCCUUUGGAGGCUUUUACUCUUCAGGAAUCUGAAGUCUCAGCUGUCAAAUAUAUCUCCUGCGAGGAGUAUAGAAGCUUGCUUGUUAAAGAAGAUCCUGCGUAUGUCCCGUACGAUGUUAAUGAUCAAUAUGGUCAGCUCUUUGAAAUAAUUGCAAAAAGGUAUGUGGUUGUCUAUAAAAUAAAACUCCCUACAGAAGAGUACAACGAAAAUUUGCAAGCCCGGAGUUUAGCUCUACAGAAGAAGCUGUGUCGUUAUGCUCAUAUCUCCCUUAGUGCAGAGUUGAUGGGGGUCACUGAUGCUGAUAAAGAAGCUCUGGCACUACUUAUUAAAGCAGCAACAAUCAUGGAUGAAAUUUUUCACCUGCAGGUUUGGUACAGCAAUCCAUCUUUAAGGGAUUGGCUAAAGGUGCAUGCUGACAAAUCUCAUUUGGACAAGCUAAAAUGGAUGUAUUACUUAAUUAAUAAAACUCCAUGGUAA